GAGGGGGGCGGCCUGGGUUGUGUUUCUUACAUCUUCUUCGUUCUCUUCAGUUUUAACCCUAAAUUGGGAACACAACAAGAUCCGUACAGCGGCCGCAGCCCCUGGACCUCUUGAGCUGGGGAAGAUGGACCAGGACAGGACCCAGAUACACAAGAGGCUCCUGGAGCUCGCCCUGGAGAUCAUCUACCUGCUGACCGGACAGGAUCAUGUUGUUGUGACGAAACGCAGCCUCGCACAGAGCAGAGGUGUCACCGAGCCUCCAUCUCGACCGAUGACCCACCAGAGGAACCACGAGCAGAAGAUCCUGGAACUGACCAACAAGAUGAUGUCCCUGCUGACUGGAGAGGUUCCUGAGUAUAGCACCGUCUCAUUGUCCAUGGAGGAGUGGGAGUAUUUAGAAGGACACAAGGAGCUUUACAGGGACGUGAUGAAGGGAAGUAACCAUCCCCACCCUUCUCAAGGUAGGAAAUAGUUCGGUCGUUGUCCCAUCUGGAGAAAAUAUGCUUUUAGAUUCCUUUUUUUUAUUUCUAUGUUUUAUUAGGCUUUUUUUCCA